AGGAUCUUCCAUCGUAAAACCAAAAUAAGGUGUAGAAGAAAAAUCAGAAUUUCCCAAAUAAAUAAAUAUUAUUUUACGAUCUGUUUGAAUCAAGGAAUUAAUCUUAAUUAAUUAAGAUGAUUCCUACAAUUAGUUCAACCUUGAGGAUGAAUUUUGUGAGAAUGUCGUCACAGAUGAGGACUCCUAUGACCAAUAAUCUCUGCCUUCGACUUCUGUCCGGAAGUUCAUUUGUGCGGCAGAAAGAUACAUCGAAUACACCGGCUACAGCACCAACGGAACCGGCACAGGGGGCACCUGGUGAUGCAAAGAAGGGUCAGGUGUCAAUGAAUCAAGCCUACAAGCCAAAUGAUUUCGAGAAACGCAUUCUUGUGUGGACAAAGAAGUACAAGAGUAAGGAAGAUGUUCCCAACUAUGUGAGUCGGGAAGAAAUGGAAAAGAGCCGUAGCAAGGCAAGGAUUCGUAUAUCAAACUACAUGAUUGUGGCCACACUCAUUGGAUGCAUCAUUAUGGGUAAAUUUCUCCCACUCGUUUAUAGUGGAAAACAGGCAGCUGAACGAGGUGAUACAGUGUCGAAAAUAAAUAGAGAUUGGCAUGCAGAUCUCAAGGAACAAAAGAAGGUAGAAGAUCAAGCUGCCCUAGCUAAAUCCUACAAUACCAAAUAGGAAGCCCAGUCAGUACAGAAGAAGAAGAAGGAAGUCCUUUGCUGGAGGAUCUUCAGAAACAAUGCAUCCGUUGAGAUAGCAAAAUUAUUAAAUGUAAAUAUUCUAUAUUACUCCUUGUGUACAGUGUUGCUGUAAAGCUCAAAGAUGAAAAGAAUUAAAAUAAAGAAAUUUAAUUUGCAAA